GCGCGGGAGCGAGCUUUGAAAGUUGACCACAGCGGAGGGGAGCGGUGCUCUGCGGUCAUGGUGGCGCUGCCGGCUCUCGGGAGCGGACUGCAGCCGUGGUGCCCGCUGGAUCUCAGCCCAGAAUGGGUGGAUACAGUGUGGGAACUGGACUUCACAGAGACUGAACCUUUGGAUCCCAGCAUAGAAGCAGAGAUCAUAGAGACUGGAUUGAAUGCAUUCACAAAACUCUAUGAAAGUCUUUCCCCCUUUGCUACUGAAGAACAUGGAUCUACAGAGAGCAUUUGGACCUUCUUCGUUGAGAACAAUAUUUCUCACAGUGCACUGGUGGCAUUGUUCUAUCACUUUGUUCAAACAGUCCAUAAGAAAACCGUCAGUGUGCAGCAUCGAGAAUAUGGCCUUCAUGCCGCUGGGCUUUAUUUUCUGCUGCUGGAAGUACCAGGCAGUGUAGCCAAUCAAAUAUUCCACCCAGUGAUGUUUGACAAAUGUGUACAGAUUCUAAAGAAGAGCUGGCCUCAGGAACCUAACUUUAAUCGGAAAAGAAAGAAAGAACAGCCUAAGAACUCUCAGGCUAAUCCGAGAGGGAAUAGAAAAAGAGGAAAACCACCCAGGAAAGAGGAUAUUGAGAUGGAUGAAAUUGUGGAAGAACAGGAAGAUGAAGAGAAUAUUUGUUUUUCUGCCCGGGACCUUUGUCAAAUUCGAAAUGCCAUCUUUCACCUUUUGAAGAAUUUUUUAAGGCUUCUGCCCAAGUUUUCGCUAAAAGAAAAGCCACAGUGUGUACAAAAUUGUAUAGAGGUCUUUGUUGCAUUAACUAAUUUUGAACCAGUUCUUCAUGAAUUUCAUGUUACACAAGCCAGAAACCUUGACCAAGCAAAAUACAUACCAGAACUGGCCUAUCAUGGAUUGUAUUUGCUGUGCUCCCCAAUUCAUGGAGAAGGAAAUACGGUUAUCGGUUGUGUUUUCCAUCAAAUGCUAAAUGUGAUAUUAAUGUUAGAAGUAGGCGAAGGAUCGCAUCGUGCCCCCCUCACUAUUACUUCACCAGUCAUCAACAGUAGAAACCAGGCAGUCCAGUUUAUCAGCUCACUUGUGGAAGAACUAAAGGAAAGUAUAUUCCCAGUCCUUCGUAUCUUACUCCAGCACAUCUGUGCCAAGGUAAUAGAUAAAUCAGAGUAUCGGACCUAUGCAGCCCAGUCCCUGGUCCAGCUGCUCGGCAAACUUCCUUGUGGGGAAUAUGCCACAUUCAUUGCCUGGCUUUACAGAUAUUCACGAAGUUCCAAGAUCCCACACAGGGUUUUCACUCUCGAUGUUGCCUUAGCUCUGUUAGAACUGCCUGAAAGAGAGGUGGAUAACACUCUCUCCUUGGAGCAGCACAAGUUCUUAAAGCAUAAGUUCUUGGUGCAGGAAAUUAUGUUUGACCGUUGUUUAGACAAGGCACCAACUGUCCGCAGCAAGGCGUUGUCCAGUUUUGCCCAUUGCCUGGAGUCGUCUGUUACCACUGCAUCAGAGAGCAUGCUGGAACUUCUGAUUAACAGUCCUACAAUUUCAGGAACUGAGAGCCACCCUGGUACCUUACUGAGAAAUUCAUCAGCUUUUUCCUGUCAGAGGCAGACACUUAACCCUUCCAGAGGCUCAGGGGUGAUCAAUAUGGACAACAGUGGUGAAACAGUUGGAUCUAGGGAAAGAUGUGUCAUGGAAAUGCUAAAGAAGAGAAUCCGGGAUGAGAAGACCAACGUUAGGAAGUCUGCGCUCCAGGUAUUAGUGAGCAUUCUGAAGCACUGGGGCGUCUCCAGCAUGAAAGAAGAGCUGUUGAUUCUGCAGGAGCAGUGUCGAGACCCUGCAGUGUCUGUCCGGAAGCAGGCCCUACAGUCUCUCACUGAACUUCUUAUGGCCCAUCCUAGAUGUGUCCAGAUACAGAAAGCAUGGCUGAUGGGGAUCAUCCCAGCUGUAAUGGACUGUGAGAGCACUGUGCAGGAAAAGGCCCUGGAGUGCCUUGACCAGCUCCUGUUGCAGAACAUUAAGCAUUACAGUAAAUUUCAUAGUGGAGAUGACAGCCAGGUGCUAGCUUGGGCACUGCUUGCUCUCCUCAGUACGGAAAGCCAGGAACUGAGCCGCUAUUUAAAUAAGGCUUUUCAUAUCUGGUCCAAGAAAGAUAAAUUCUCACCCACUUUUAUAAACAACAUGAUAUCCCACACUGGCACGGGACAUUCUGCACCAGCCUGGAUGCUGCUCUCCAAGAUUGCUUGCUCAUCACCCAAGCUGGACUACACCAAAAUAAUAGAGUCCUGGGAGAAAAUCAGCAGUCAACAGAAUCCCAAUUCAAACACCUUAGGACAUAUUCUGUGUGUUAUUGGGCAUAUUGCAAAGCAUCUUCCUAAGAGCACCCGAGACAAGGUGACUGAUGUCGUCAAGUGUAAGCUGAAUGGAUUCCAGUGGUCUCUAGAGUUGAUCAGCUCAGCUGUUGAUACUUUACAAAGACUCUGUAGAGCAUCUACAGAGACCCCUGUGGAGGAACAGGAAUUACUGAAGCAGGUGUGUGGGGAUGUCCUCUCUACCUGUGUGCACUGCCUCUCCAACGUAGUUCUGAAGGAAGGUGGAGCCGACAAUAUGGAUGAAGACCUGUUGGUGAAGUACAUUUUCACCUUGGGAGAUAUAGCCCAACUCUGUCCAGCCAGAGUGGAGAAGCGAGCCUUCCUUCUGAUUCAGUCCAUUCUAGCUUCCUCUGCUGAUGCAGAUCAUUUAGCAUCAUCUCAAGGUAGCAGUGAAGCCCCCGCCUCUCAGCUGCUCUCUCAAGUCAGAGGCUCUGUCAUGCCUUCUGGGAUUAGAGCACAUGCCAUCAUUACCUUAGGUAAGCUGUGCUUACAGCAUGAAGAUCUUGCAAAGAAGAGCAUCCCAGCCCUUGUGCGCGAGCUUGAGGUGUGCGACGAUGUGGCUGUUCGCAACAAUGUUGUCAUUGUUAUGUGUGAUCUCUGUAUCCGGUACACUGUCAUGGUGGACAAAUACAUUCCCAAUAUCUCCAUGUGCUUGAAGGAUUCAGAUCCGUUCAUCCGGAAACAAACGCUCAUCUUGCUCACCAAUCUCUUGCAGGAGGAGUUUGUGAAAUGGAAGGGCUCUCUGUUCUUUCGAUUUGUCAGCACCUUGAUAGAUUCACACCCAGACGUCGCCAGUUUCGGGGAGUUCUGCCUAGCUCACCUGUUGCUGAAGAGGAACCCUGCCAUGUUCUUCCAGCACUUCAUUGAGUGUAUCUUCCACUUCAACAGCUAUGAGAAGCAUGAGAAGUACAACAGAUUCCUCCAGUCCGAGAGAGAGAUUCAGCUGUUUUCACUGAAGGGAAAGGCCAACAAGGAGAAACGAAUGAAAAUCUACAAGUUUCUUCUAGACCACUUCACAGAUGAACAGCGAUUCAAUAUCACCUCCAAAAUCUGCCUUAGUAUUUUGGCAUGCUUUGCCGACGGCAUCCUGCCCCUGGAUUUGGAAGCCAGUGAGUUACUCUCAGAUACAUUUGAGGUCCUCAGCUCAAAGGAGAUCAAGCUUUUGGCAAUGAGAUCUAAACCAGAUAAGGACCUCAUUAUGGAAGAGGAUGACAUGGCCCUGGCCAAUGUGGUCAUGCAGGAAGCUCAGAAAAAGCUCAUCUCCCAGGUUCAGAAGAGGAAUUUCAUAGAAAAUAUUAUUCCAAUUAUCAUCUCCCUGAAGACUGUGCUAGAGAAAAAUAAGAUCCCAGCUUUGCGGGAACUCAUGAACUAUCUCAGGGAAGUGAUGCAGGAUUACCGAGAUGAAGUCAAGGAUUUCUUUGCAGUUGACAAACAGCUAGCGUCAGAGCUCGAGUACGACAUGAAGAAGUACAGUGAACAGCUGGCCCAGGAGCAAGAGCUGGCACAGCAAGCCGACAUGCACAGGGGGGCUGCAGGCGCUGACGGGGCACAGGCCGUGCAGGUUGCUCCAAGUCUGGAAAUAACACCAGUCCUUGCUGGCCGGGAGCACGCCACUGCGCCCCCUGCCAAGAGCCAGCCCGCCACACCCAGGCCCCGUGCUGGCCAAGCACCCCCUUCACCUGAAACUGGGCCCUGGAGGAGGUUCAUGCCCAAGGCCAGGCCCAUGUCCCUGAGCACCAUUGCAAUCCUGAAUUCUGUCAAGAAAGCCGUGGAGUCGAGCAGCAGGCAUCGGAGUCGGAGCGCAGGAGUGCUGCCUUUCACUUUAAAUCCUGGCAGCCCAGACAGAACAGGGAGUCGCGCAUCUUCCUUCAGCUUGGAGCCAGAGUCUAGUGGAGCUGUUGGCCAUCUAACUAAACGAGCAGUCAGCACUCCUGAGAAGACCAUCAGUGAUGUCACGUUUGGCGCAGGAGUCAGCUACAUAGACACAUCGCAGACUCCUUCCUCAGUCAAAGAGAAAAUUGAAGCCAAGAGUCAAGGAAAUGACAUUUUAUGUUUAUCAUUACCUGAUAAACCGCCCCCACAGCCUCAGCAGUGGAAUGUGAAGUCUCCAGCCAGAAGUAAAGACAACCCAGCCCCCAGUAGGAGGUCGCUCCGAAAGACCCCCCUGAAAACAGCCAACUGAACCAGUGCGUUCUGAGAAGGGAGUGCCAGGAAGGCAGGAGCUGUGAGGGAGCAUCCUUGUUUCCGAGUGUGGAAAGGCAGGCGCAUCACUUCCCUCACACCGGAGGACGCUUUCGUUAUGUGAAGUCAGAGCUGCUACUCGUGGUUCCGGCACUCUCUUAAUUGUUCACCUGGGGAGCUGGCCAGUCUUCUAAAUUUCUCUUUAUGAAAUAUGUGGUAAAAAAUUGUAAAGUAAUAGAGAAAUGCCUUAGCUAUUUAAUAUUAUGACUUUCUCCAUUUGCAAGAAUCAAGUCCAUUCUGAUAAACUGUCUUCUGGUCCUUAAGGAACACAACUUAACGUGUCAGUUGUCUGUUAUAUAAAUCAAGUCUCUCUUAGCUGGUUUGAUUUCUUAUUGUACCUAGUUUCCCAUAUCUAAUAAGAUUUUGAUUGUAAUAUGUUUUCUCUUUUUUAUAAAUGGCAGAUUUUUUCAACAGUGCACAGCUUUGUAAAAUGGAAUAAUAAAGGUUAAGCAUAAAUAUA